AUGAAGACUGCUGUCGUUGCUGCCCUUGUCGGCUCUGCCUUUGGCUCUGCCAUUUCCUCCCCAUGGCUCGACUGGACCUCGUCGACCACGACGACCACGACCACGACCACGACCUCGAAGCCCGUGAAGCCGACCAGCACCUUGUACUGCCCAAUCACCACCACCUCGACUGUCUCCUGCAGCGUCGCUGGCAAGUCUGACUCUUGCGUCACCAAGCCCGUCACCAUCUACCCUACUGAUGCCGCUUGCGAGGCUCUAUGGUCCGACUGGACAACCUCCACCACAACUACCACGACGACAACAACCAAGCCGGCUGUCUGCACUUCCACCAUCUCCACAUCUGUCUCUUGCGCUACCUCCUGGAAGAAGGAGUCCUGCACCACCAGCACCCUGACCGUCUGGGAUUCUUCGCUCUGCUCCGGCUGGGAAGACUGGGCCACGUCCACGACCUCCAGCAAGCCCGUCGCCGUGACAAGCACCACCUCCGAAGUCUGGGGUGAUUGGAGCGCCACCACGACCACGAGCAAACCUGUCUCCCCUGUCAGCACCACCACCUGCAGCCCAUACACCAGCUUAGCUGUCACCUGCUCAGCCAGCGGUUGGAAGACCAGCUGCGCUACGGCCACCGUGACUGUUACUCCUACCUGCUCUGCCGUCACCUGGGCCGACUGGAGCUCGACUUCUGUCUCCCCUGUUGCCGCCGUCAGCACCAGCACUCCGGUUGCUGCUGUGUCAACCUCGACCUGGGGCUAUGCUCCAUACUCCAGCAGUGCCCCAGUCGCUCCCGCCACCUACACUGGUGCCGCCUCGCUCCCCAAGGUCGAGCUCGGUGUCCUCGCCCUCGUGGGUCUCGCUGCUGCGUUGUAA